AACAGCCGUGUGUACUGAUGUGAGAACAUGUUUUGAGUGCUGUUUUUCAUUUUGGCAGUGAGUCUGUGUGUGAAGUUUUGUGUGUGGAGUUUUGAAAAAGCAAUUUUUGUUUUGAGAAACUGAGCCACAAUUUCUGGAAAAUUGUUUUAACUUUUGAGGCGAAAAAAGAAACAGACAAAAUAUAUUUUUUCUUAAAAAAAAAGAUGUAGACUUCUACCUCCGGACUCUUCUCUGUGGACGGCAGGUGGCGCUCUCGGGUAUCACCACUCUGUGUUUUGUUCCGGUAGCGCUUCCGGGUUCUAAUGUUUACAUCUGGGAGCAGCUACAAAGCACACAGUUUGUUUUCCCGGCUAAUGAAAACCUUCUUGCACGUUAAGAACAGCAUGUUUUCCAAGUGCUAGGAUCUGUGCACAGUCACGGCAGCCUUCACGAAAUCAGCUGCUGACAAAAAUAACAAUAAAUGAUGAAGAAGAAAAGUAGACAUACAAGGUCUUCUGAGACGCCGCAAAAGCUCAGCAGGACGCCGAUGCCAGUGGACGUCACCAGUGAGAGGAGGUCACCUGGAAACAGAGGGCGACCUCGGAAGACUGCCGCCGUAAACGCAGACAGUUUCUACCUGAAUGACUGUGCAACAGAAAAGACCACCGGUGCAGACUUCAAUGUGACGACAGUUGAAGACGCCCAGAAACAUCCAGAGACUAAGUCCAGAUCUUCAGGUAGACUCUCUGCUGCCGUCUGCCGGCUUUGUCACGGGAAGUUUUCUCCGCGCAGCUUGCGGCACGCCUUCAACAAAUGGCCUCAGGAUUCCCUCAGUAUCGUAGACGAGGAGUCAGACGCCGUGGCCCAGUCACCGCUUCUGUUCCACACAGACUUCCAAAGGCUGGUCGGGGUCCAGGUGGACCGUGACCCUCGGCUGUCGGAAUUUAUUUGCAAGAAAUGCCAUGCAAAGUUUUACAAGUGCCAAAGCAUCCUGAUCCGGUUUCUGCAGAGAGUCAAUCUCCCGCCUGUGGGGAAGGAGAACCUGAAAAAUCAGAAGAAUGCAAAGGGUCCAGAGUCCUCUGUAAACCAUUGCUCAUCAACCCCCUCAUCCUUUACCUCAGACACAAAGUGCCUCCACAGUCUGGUGUCCUGGGCUCAUCACCACGGAGAGGCCUGCCGCUCCUGCCCCGACCUGAAGGAGGUGCUGGAGGGCCAGUGCCUGGGCGCCAUUAAGGCUGUUUGGGGCUGCGUCGAUGGUCACAGAUACAUCAUGGACACUCACCGCAGCGCUACCUCCAACCAGUGCUCGAGCGACAGAGCAUUAGGGAGUGGGAGGGGUGAUGGAGCGAUGUCAGAGGAGGAGGAACAAGAACAAGACGGCGAGGAAGACGAAGAGGAGCAAUCCGGCGGGAACGGAAUGACCUCGUCGAGAAGUACUAGUACUGUGGUUCAGCGCAGUCCACCUGCAGCAACGGCUCAGACGCAGAGCUCGGCGCCUGAUGACUGGACGGGCGACAACGAAGAUUACACAGGUCACGAGGAGGCCUCGUCUCCUGCUCCGGGUCAGCUGGAGGACAGAACUGCUGGCAGUGAUCUUUCUGACAGGGUCAUCUCUGAAGAUGAGUUUGAUGAGGGUAGAAAAGGAGGGCUGUCUGAUGAGGAGUUUGAGCCAUACUCGGAGAAGAGUCCUCCUAUCAGAUGUGAGGUUUGUGGCUUCCAGUGUCGCCAGCGAGCAUCACUGAAAUACCACAUGACCAAACACAAAGCCGAGGCCGACCUGGAGUUCGAGUGCUUGAUGUGCAGCAAGCGUUUCGAGAAGGCCCACAACCUGAACGUGCACAUGUCCAUGGUGCACCCGCUGACACAGGCUGAGGCUCAGAGGGGCAGCGGGCAGCAGCAGACAUACCCGGACCUACACACCAUCACGCUGACCGGGGAGGUGGUUCAGCAAGAGCAAGACAGAUGACAGAAGGAAGUCUUGAUUCAAGGCAGAGAUACUUGAACUGUGGCACAGGACCCAGAAACAAAACAGCAAUGUAGCACGGAGUUUCAUUUUAGCAUCAGCAGUUGAGUUCAUCCAGUGUUCCUUCACUUUUCAGCCGAUUUGUUGACGACACAGCAGAAAAGACAUUAGGUAAGAGUUCAGUGUCAAAGCAAUGUUUCUGUACAUUGUGCAAUUAAUAUAACGAUUCAUGAAUUAUAUUGAUCACCUGGUAUUCUCUGAGAGGCCAAAAGGACAAAUCGUCCAUCUUCUGCAACAAACACAUUGCUUCCUGUAACUGUUUCCAGAAUAAAACGGAUUGUUUAUUUGCUUUUACUGUGAAACAGCAGCAGCAGGUUCACCAUAUAUCAUAUUAAAAGUUAGUACAAUUAUGACUCUGUGAAAUCUGAGGAUAAUAACUUGAAAAGAGAACAGUACGGUGGCCCUGAGAGCUCAACGCACUCAUCACGCUGACUCUUGAUAGAUAAAACAACCAAAAAUUACAAAUACUGAAAAAGAUGCUGCCAAGUAGAUCAGACUCCAACUAAAAUACAGCUCAGUCAUGAUGGGUGUUACUGAAGCUGACCUUCUCACAGAAAUAUUAGAAUAUGAACUAAAAUAAAAUUUUACAGUAAGUUAAAUCAGAUGUUUUACACUGCUGCUCAGAGUCAGACAAUAACCGAUUUCGUAGGCUUUGUGAGUAAUCAGCUGUUAAGACCACCGUGUUGUUAAUCUUGAAUACCUUCAUUUAAUAUCUGACAUUCACAUUACUGACUGUGUAACCGGCUUAAAUGCAGCUGUAAUACUGAGACCUUCUCUUUGCCUGAUCCAAGUAAAGCAUCUGUAUGUGCUGCAAUUCCAGGAAGUUUUCUUAUCGGCUCACUGCUUUUAUUAAGUUAUUACAAAUCAAAGUCUUCUUUUGAAUUGUAGCAUUGAAAGGGCUUCAGAUGUACAUGUGUGUAAGAAAGCGUGUAAUGUGU